AUGGCUGCAUAUCUUACAAGCUCAGAGACGGAUGAAGCCAAACACAGUAUUGAUGUUAACACCCCCAAUAUCACGUCCAGCGCUAGCACCAGCUGCAAUAUCAGCUCACUGUGCGGAAAGCACCGUCACCAUCAUUCCGUUUCACAUGCUUUCGAUCGUUUUGCAUACGUGUUUAAGCAAUUUCCGCACCGUCGAUUGUUCCGGUCACGUUCCAAGAGUGUGAUUGAGGCCCGAUCUUUGGCGCUUAAUUGUUUCUUACAACAGACACUUGAAGUUGUUGAGGUUGUUCACCGGCGCCAAUUAAUUGCCAUUUGUUUUAGUAUGAUGACACACAUUGAGACUUUUCUAGGGUGUGCAGACCACAGAAAAGUAUCGCGUAAUGGUGUACCUGAGUCGUUUAGUGCAGCUCGAAGAGCCUCAGCGGCAAUGUCAUUGGCUUGCGGUUUCCAUCACCAACCUCUGGUGCCUCCCCCUGCGUUCACUAUGUCGGUGACAGACCAGAAAUACAGGUCGAAUCUUAGCAGGUACCGCCUCAGUAGUAGCGAAGAAGAUGAAAGCGGCGCAAAUACCAAUGGUGAAAACGAUGCUCAAGGUUUCAACAACUUUGACUUUACGCAGCGUUUCUACCGCGACUUCGGUCGUCAAGGUGAACGUGGUGAGAUGUAUGGCAAAGACUUGGACGACGAGGAAGAAGUGGAGUUGCUUCAGAAAACAAGAAGCACUAUGCUUGAGAGAGAAACCCAAGCACGCAAGUUACAUUAUAGCGGAAGCCAUUUUUCCAUGCUAGAAUCCGGCCAGAUGUCAGCAAAAUCUAGGGCGAGACGUGUCGAAAUUGCUAGCACUCUCAUGGCUGCGAAACAGAGGACAAGAUACAGGACCACAUGCUUGAUUCGAAAGAUCUCGGAACCUGCGGCAUACGAGACGAAGCAACGUUCGUACUACAAGUAUACAAAGCCCACGAAUGAAGCGUCGUCAGAUCUUUUGUGA